UACUAGAAAACAUGGCGCAGGGUUUGUAGAUAACCAAGGGAAAGGAAGUAAUUUGCCGGAUAUCUUUGUAAUUUGAAGUGAUUCGUAUUAUUUUGCUACUUGUUACGUAGUGUAUAUUUUAUUGCAAGGAUCGAGGAAAAGAAGAAUUCAGAAUGAGCGUAGAUGCUUAUGGACCAAGCUCACAAUCGCUAACAUUCUUGGACACGGAAGAAGCAGAUUUGAUUGGCGCUGAUACUCAAGGAUCCGAGUUUGAUUUCACAGAUUUUACCCUACCUUCCCAAAGCCAAACUCAGAUUUCACAAUUAGAUGCUGUACAGAGUCAAACUACACAAAAUCAGGUGAAUGGUGAGGUUGAAGAGAAUGGCUUGGACGCUGACAUAACAGCUACAACAAAAGCCCUUGGAGAGUUGCAAUUUGAAGAGGAAGAUGAUGAAGCUUACUACAAUAAGGAUUUGCCAGAAUAUGCUUGCAAAUAUUGUGGAAUACAUGAUCCAAGUUGUGUUGUCAUGUGUAAUGUGUGUAAAAAAUGGUUCUGCAAUGGUCGGGGAAAUACGUCAGGGUCACACAUUAUCAAUCAUCUUGUCAGAGCCAAACACAAGGAAGUCACUUUGCAUAAAGAUGGUCCGCUUGGAGAGACUGUUCUGGAAUGUUAUUCAUGUGGUGUAAGGAAUGUGUUUGUUUUGGGUUUUAUCCCAGCUAAAGCAGACUCGGUUGUUGUACUCCUUUGUCGUCAACCUUGUGCAGCCCAGAGUUCUCUGAAAGACAUGAACUGGGACCAAGAACAGUGGAAGCCUCUUAUUGCAGAUCGUUGUUUCCUAACAUGGCUGGUAAAGAUUCCAUCAGAGCAGGAACAACUUCGGGCAAGGCAGAUAUCUGCUAUGCAGAUCAACAAGUUGGAAGAACUUUGGAAGGACAAUGCUGAUGCUACCUUUCAGGAUUUAGAGAAACCGGGUGUUGAUGAAGAGCCUCAACAAGUAUUGCUGAGGUAUGAAGAUGGUUAUCAGUAUCAGAACAUCUUUGGGCCGUUGGUGAAGUUGGAAGCUGACUAUGACAAGAAACUAAAAGAGUCGCAGACACAAGAAAAUAUUGAGGUCCGUUGGGAUGUGGGACUCAACAAGAAGACAAUUGCAUACUUCACACUCGCAAAAACUGAUGGAGACAUGAAGCUGAUGCAUGGAGAUGAAUUGCGUCUACGCUACCUGGGAGAACUACACAAGCCAUGGUCAGGAGUGGGUCAUGUGAUCAAGAUCCCAGAUAAUUUUGGUGAAGAAGUGGGAAUUGAAUUGAAAAACAACAGUGGUGCCCCCACUGAUUGCAUUUCACACUUUGUUGUUGAUUUCAAUUAGAAAUCUACUUCAUUUGAUAGAAUGCAGUUGGCCUUAAGGAAGUUCGCAGUUGAUGAUUCCUCAGUGUCAGGCUAUAUUUAUCAUAGGUUACUUGGUCAUGAUGUAGAGGAAGUGUUGUUUCGCUGUCAUCUACCAAAACACUUCUCAGCACCUAAUCUUCCUGACCUGAACCGUUCCCAGGUAUAUGCUGUAAAACACGCAGUUCAGCGUCCACUUUCACUAAUCCAAGGUCCACCAGGAACAGGCAAAACAGUCACAUCAGCCACCAUUGUGUAUCAUCUGGUGAAGCAGAGCGGUGGUUCUGUCCUUGUGUGUGCACCUUCCAAUAUAGCUGUUGACCAGUUGACUGAGAAAAUUCACCGAACAGGGCUUAAAGUGGUGCGUCUUUGUGCCAAAUCACGUGAGGCCAUCGAAUCUCCUGUCUCAUUCCUUGCACUUCACAACCAGAUACGUAACAUGGAUUGUAACACUGAACUUCAGAAAUUACAGCAACUGAAAGAUGAGACUGGGGAACUCUCAUCUGUAGAUGAAAAGCGGUACCGAAUGCUGAAGAAAGCUGCAGAAAAGGAGCUCCUGGAAGCAGCUGAUGUGAUAUGCUGCACUUGUGUGGGAGCUGGUGAUCCACGUCUCCAGCGGCUGAAGUUCCACUCGAUACUUAUUGAUGAGAGUAUGCAGUCCACUGAACCAGAAUGUAUGGUUCCAGUUGUCUUAGGAGCCAAACAGCUGAUCCUGGUAGGAGAUCAUUGCCAGCUGGGCCCAGUUGUGAUGUGCAAGAAGGCAGCUCGUGCUGGCUUAUCACAGUCACUGUUUGAGAGAUUGGUUGUUCUGGGAAUUCGUCCAUUCCGGCUGGAAGUACAGUACCGGAUGCAUCCAGAAUUGUCUCGUUUCCCCUCAAAUUUUUUCUAUGAGGGUUCCCUCCAAAAUGGCGUUUGUGCAGAGGAACGUAAACUGACGAAGAUUGAGUUCCCAUGGCCACAGCAGGAAAAGCCAAUGUUCUUCUAUGUGACACAAGGUCAAGAAGAAAUUGCUGGAUCAGGGACGUCUUAUUUAAACCGAACAGAAGCCUCUAAUGUGGAGAAACUGACAACACGUUUCCUGCGUUGUGGUGUUAAACCUGAACAGAUUGGUGUUAUUACACCUUAUGAAGGCCAGCGAGCUUACUUGGUUCAAUAUAUGCAGUACCAAGGCUCCCUUCAUGCGAAGUUGUACCAGGAGAUUGAAGUGGCAAGUGUUGAUGCAUUCCAAGGCAGAGAGAAGGAUUUAAUUAUUAUGUCAUGUGUCCGUUCCAAUGAACAUCAAGGGAUUGGCUUCCUCAAUGAUCCACGGCGUCUCAAUGUGGCACUGACCCGUUCCAAAUAUGGCAUUAUUAUUGUUGGAAAUCCCAAAGUUCUGUCCAAGCAACCAUUAUGGAAUCACUUGCUGAACUUCUACAAGGAACAAAAAGUUCUAGUAGAAGGACCACUGAACAACUUGAAAGAGUCUUUGAUCCAGUUCUCAAAGCCCAAGAAGCUUAUAAAUACAGCUAAUCCUGGAACCCACUUCAUGUCCACAUCAGUGUAUGAUGCACGAGAGGCACUGGUCCCAGGCAGUGUGUAUGACCGCACAGGACAUAUGAAUGGCACAGCUGUACCAUCUCACUUCUUCCCCAGACCAAAUAGUGGAGGUGUUGCAGUGGAUCUGUAUGCCCGGACUCAUGAUCCGAUCAGUUACAUCUCACCAGAGAGAGCACAGGCUGCACUGUCCAAUCUUCCUGUUCCUGUUGGGAUGUUUAUGAAUAUGGCACACGUCCCACCCCGCUUUUAUAAUCAACAUCAGCAGGCAUUGCAAGCACGUCAGAACCAGCGAAAUCGUGCUGCAACUCGCAGUAAGGUCAAGAAUAAUCGCAGUAAUCCAGUUAAGAAUAACUUGAUGCCUGGACAAAACAGUCAAGAUGCCACUCAACCAUACAGUCCACUCACACAGGGAAUGUCUCAGAGCAUGUCUCAGCCUGGAUUCAGUUUAUCUCAGCCUGGUCUUUCCCAGCCUGAACUGUCUCAGGACAGCUAUAUGGUGGGCGAGUAUCAGUCACAGAUGGAUGGACUCCUCUCUCAAGAUUCUACGUAUCAGGGAGAUCGCUCGGCUUUCUACCCGGGCCCAUCACAGGGAGGGCAGUUCUCUCAGCCAUACUGAGCAAAUGGGCGGUGACUGGUUCGCGGAGCGUCGCGGGAGCGGCACGACACGAUGGAACAACCCGGGCCAGCGAGGGGCGACAUCUGACCCGGCCUGCAUGGAAACGAAUCAAAUCAGCCAGCAUGCCAGUAAGUAGCUGCUGCAGUAAAAGCAGGAUGAGGCAGGACAAUCGCUACCCACCGGAACCGGAAACCGACCCCGGAGAGGAGGAGAACAGAAGAUCUACCAGACAACUGCAGCAAGACUAAUGCAUAUCUUAGCACAUGCUGCCAAGCAACGCUAAAAACAAACAGUAACAACUCCACACUUCCAUAAGUGGCUGCAAUGCAGGAAGCCAGGCUGCAGUUAGGCUACAGUUUACGACUGGUAGCUUUUAAUGAAUAUGUUAGAAAGAUUGGCUUUGUUACAUGGAAUUGGAAAAUCAGUUGAGUAUGUCUACUUUUACAAGGGUCUUACCACAAAGUCUUUUUGACACAUUACCAUCCAUAAGAGUAAGGUUAAAAUUACUGAAACUUCAGUUGUAAAUGUUUAUUUCUGUGUAUCUGUUUAUUAUAAUAUAAUCUUUGAUUGGUAAGAACAUGAGUUGAUGGAUUGGAUUUUGUUAAUUUCACUCUUUUAAUUAAUUUGGCGUGGGUGGUUUAUAAAAGAAUUCUGGUUAUCCAAGUCAACAUUUUAUCAACAGCCCUCGUUGAUAUUUUAAAAUGUUGUUAGUACUACAAAACUGACAAUAUUAGAAUGGAACUGAACCCAAUUAAUGGUAAUAUGAAUAGUGUAACUGUUUUCAAGAUAUAUUUUGGCAUCUAUGCCAUUUUUCCAUAAUAUCUUUAUAUGGAACAGUGAGCAUUAUCCCCUCGCACCUUCCCUAUGUUGGUGUAUGCACGCAUCUCCACACAUGCGCUUGUAUAUCACAUGAUGAAUAAAUAAUUGUAUAGUAUUUUUAUACCGCAGAAGUAUAAAUGAGAUUUGUGGGAAGAUUCCAUUCAUUUUUAUUGUAUACUGUUUAAAUUUAAAUGCUGCUCUUCCGUUUUCAAGAAGCUAAUGUUCAUUACAUGUGCUAAAUACCACAUUAAACUGAUACCUUAAAUAUAGGAAAUGCCUUUAAUUCUAAGCAAUUAGGUUUAAUUUUAUAAUUUACUUUAUUGUACUCCAAGGGAAAUUUGUUGCAUGAAUGACCAAUUACAGGGUUUUGAUGAGGUUGUUGACAUUAUUCGUACUUCUUAACAGGCUCACUGUUACACGGAAUGAAAAUGUGACAGGACAUUGAACUGCACUGGCUUUCUUGGCACCUUUGCAUAUGAAACUUCAACAGUAAUCUUUUCUGGUCACUUUUCGUUUGGAAUGUUUCAGUUUUCUUGGAUAUGUUUUGGGUUCCAUUUGGGUAUUAAACAGUGACUUGGAUAAGCAAAGUUCAGUAGUGUGAUAUUUCAUUGUAUUUGUUCAAUACAAAUAUAUCGUAGUCUUGUUUCUGAUGAGAAUGAUGGAAGUACACAGAAUAUAAAUUUUAUUUUGGGGACAGGGUAGACAUUUAAUUUGAAUCAAAUCAGUUUGCUUAUUUAGGGCAUAAUUACACCAUUAAAAAAUGUGUUGCCUUUUCUUACAUUACCUUUUAAAAAUUCAAUUGAAAUUUAUUUUUUGUAACACUUUCUGAUAUAUCAGUUCUGCAAAACUUCUGUAUUUACUUUGCAUUAUACCACUUAUUGAAAUUUUUUUUUUUUCAGUUUGUCUACAUAUUUUGCCACUGCAGUACUUAUUUUUCUUCCUUAACCUUAGAAAUGGUUUAAAAAUUAACUCCUUUCAGGGUUGGCAUCACUUAACUGAUAGUAUUUGCUAAUUAUAUAUGUGUUGUAUAAAAGAAAUACUCUCUCUUUUGUUUCAAAAUGGAAGUGUUCUGUAUUACUUUUGGUUCAACAUGGAGAUAUUUGGUUGUAA